CGAGUUGCGUCGUGUAUAUUGUGCCGGCGCUCAAGCACUUGUGUGAGCGACUCAUCGCAAUUUUUGUGGUAAGACGGCCUCACAGAGGUCGCCCCGCUUCGACAAUUUGCUAGAUUUGGUGUUGUGUGUGGAUUUUUGACUUCGAAGAAAGAAUUCCUCACCACAAAGGUCGCGUUUUUGGUCGCUGCAAACACAGCUUGGUGGUCAGUCACUGUCGCUGUACACCGAACGCAGCCGACGGCUACUGGGAGACGCCGCGAUUCGUUUUCACCGUUUUGACUACCAGUUUAUUCACGGAGUUCGCUUACUCUUUUGGCAGAGUCUGGUGGAGCCUGAUUAAACACAUAGAGCAAGGCAGCUUAGGGUUUCGCGGGUUUGCUUCCUUCCUUUGUUUCCGUCCGCAGAGGCACCGUGAGGCUGCGUGGCGUGCAUUUCGCUCUGCCCUCGGCGGAGAACCUCACAGAAGCGGCUUUGUACUGGCGCUCGCGCGGUUAGCUCCACGAGGAGAGGUCGCUGGAAUUGACUUUUUGUAAAGAAUUGUUUACCUUUCGCCUUUAGACAACUUCGGGAAGGAGCCGCGCGGCGUCCUGAUUUAGUAAAGGAGCCACGCAGAAAGGUUCUCGUCCCAGCACGGGCGCGAAGCAGUUGAGUGGUCUCCGGACCUCACACACGAGGGAGAACACUCCCUCGACGGCUGCGUUGUUUGUUUGGGUGCGGUUCUUUGUUUUGCCCUCUUUUGUGAGAUUUUCUCUCUCCAACUUGCAGGAGAGCGAGUAAUGUGCGGCGUUAGCGCCUUUUGUCGUAGAAAAUGGAAGAAACCCAUGAUAAUGCCAUUUUGAGAGUGCCGUAGCCCACCCGCAUUCCGUGUAUUUCCCGUCGGGUCCGUGUCUCUCGGGAAGCCUUCGUAGAAUCUUGUUUUUCGUCUCUCGCUGACUCUGCCCUUUUCAAAUGAAAUUUUUUGUGGUUUCCAAGCGGGGAGACUGGGAUCCGUUGUCGAAGGGCUCGAUGGUCCGGCGAAGGUCUGUGCAGUUUUCUGGGCGCUGAAACGAUGCGCCUUUUUCCGCAAACCUGGCGCUCUGCAGCAGAGGGAAGUCUGAGGAGCUGACCGGCGCACGAAUUUCCGGCUGGUCAGCACGCCGCCGCGCGAAGAAUUUCUCGCGUUUCUGUGCAUUUUUUUCUAUCCUUUCUUCCGCGCCCUAUCGGCGGUUCUGCUUGCACCUUGUGUCUAGGAAUGCACUCUGUCUUUUUGCGCCCGGCAACUGGGGGUGAAUUUUUUCUCGCGUUCUCCCCUUCCAGUCUCUCGCAGACCUUUGCUCCCCUUGUCACUAUCCUUUGUGUUGUGAGUCUUUCCCCGUCCGUACCGCCAAGCUUCAGCCGUUGUUUUCCGCGUUUCGUCGCCGAGUCCGGCUUCUCCGGUCUUGCGCAGCCGUACGAGGAACCCAGUUUUCGUGGAUUUUUUAAUGCCUUUUUGUGCCCCAGUGCGGAACAACACAGAACCUUUUACAAGCGCAAAUCUCUCUCGGGUUCCGAACUUCGAGCUCACUCUCCCUCCUUUCUCUCUGUUGAAGAAGGCACGCGAAGCGCCAGCAGCUGCGCCGUCGAUUUAUGUAUCCGGUGCCGCGUUUCCCCGACAACGAUUUAGAUGCUGAGUUCUGUUGUGUCUUGUUUAGAGAAAUCUUUCGAGUUUCUGGAAGUCCAGUGGUUCCGAAGGACCGACGCGUUGAGCAUUUUCGGUGGCUUCCUAAAUUCGUUCCGGGUCGUCCCCAGUGUCUUCUUUUUCCCCACUCGGUUUCCUUUGCAGAACAGCGGGGCCGGGGCGCAGAGCCCUUCGCUUUUAGACAAAAAGAACAAACGGUAGAAGCCCUCUGAUGGAAGCUCUACGGCCUCGCUGUCUUGUUACGUGGUAACUCGCGUUCCUUGGUUGCCAGCGCUGUGGGUAGCCGGCAAAGCAGACCGUGUCGCCUUUCUACGAACUGAAUGAGCCCAGGCUUCUGUAACGGUUUUCGAUGAACAGACGUCGAAGAGCUCGCUCCUUUUCGUGUGCACCAGAGUGCUUACACAAGACUUAGACGCCCGUGUCUCAGUUGUCUCGGAGAGAGAGCGGCUGCAAGAGAAUUCGAGAGUUAUUUUUCUUUCUCACAGGUUCGCGGUUUCGAAGGGGACCGGUGACUGCCGCAACCCAAGCUUCAGGAACCCGGAGAAAGGAAAUUCCAACAGGUUCUCACACAGUCUGAGGAUCCGAACUCUCCAGAUUAUCUGACCUGUUACUCUCCACUUCGAGUCCUUUCACAGUUUCUCGACGGCAUGCCGCCUGUCCAGUCUUUCUUCGCGUCUGGCAUCUCUUGGUGGCGACAAGUCGAGGAUCUCUAAUAACGGCCGUCGGGAUUAGCUUAGAUGUGAGCUUUCCCCGUCUUCAGUCUCGCGCCUUCUGCCUCGCAUCUCGUGCUGUGACGCAGGCCGGGGGCUCUGGUCGACCUGGGAGGUGAAACUGUAUCGGUCUGUCAUCGGUGUCGCUGUUCUGCUCGUUUCUGCUCUCUCUCUGAACACACAGGCGCGUGCCGCCCUCAGCUUCGCGCCUGUAUCCUUUUGCCUGGUGUCUGCCGAGACCGGUCGGAACUGAGCGCAUUUGUCGCGUCUCUUCGUUUUCUCCUCUUCUUCGUCUUGAUCUCUCCCUGCGUGUCUGUCCGUCUCGACAUGUGCGUAGACGCGGCGUUCAGUCUGUGUUGGCCUGCCCUCUCUUUUCCGAGAUUCCGCUGUGAGCACGGUCCCGUCGGUGUGUAGUGAUCGCCGCCUAGACCCGCAGGUCAUGGCGAUGCAUCGAGGGCCGUAGGAGCGUCUGUCCUCGCUGUAUGUGUUUCUCCUCGCCGAUUCCAGAGCGGUCUUGCGCUCUCGUGGCGCCUCCCUCGCAGCCGCAGAAUCCGCAAUCUGACGAUGGAAGGCCGCGAGACAUCUGCGGGAAGGCCUCUCUCUUCUCGCCUGCUUCAGCUCGCGCGCGAAGCUGACGAGGCAGAAGCAGCGGGUCGCCUGGACCUGACCUCGCCCCUCUGCGCCGCUGCCUCUCCCGACAGCCUAUGUGGAUCCGACAGUCGCCUCCUGCAAGCCGCCGGCGAAGGAGACGCGGCCGGGCCUCCCGCUUCUUCAGGGACUGUCUCCCCGCGCUCUCGGGCGCUUGGGAACCCGAUUCCCUUCGGAGACAGACAGCAUGCGCGACGCCUCACCUCCCUCCCGUAUCGACGGACCUCCUCUGCUUGUUUGAUUCCUCUCCUUUCGUCUUCUGCGGAGGGCCGGACGCCGUGGAGAGGCGAAGAGACCCCAGAGGCCAGGGGUCUCGUGUCUGUUUCCGCCCACGCAUCUGGAGCCCAGACUCGGGCGCGCGAGUCCCGCGUCUCGUCCGUCGCCUCCGAUUGCGAAGAGGGUGAAGUGUCUCCUCUCUUCUCGCGGCGGGAGAGGCCCCGGCAAGAGACCGUCGCGUUGCCGCCGCUCCCUCGGUCUUCCGUGGCGCAUGCAGGCCUCGCCGCAGACUCAGGGAAGAGCCUCCACUUCAGAGAAGCGGAAGUCGUUGCGGCGUUAGCGCCCGCGUCCUUCGCGCGGACCUUGUCUCGCCUGCGAACCCGCGGCAGAACUCGCGAGGGCGAGGAGACAGGCGCAGUGCUGGAACGAGAAGUCCCCAACGAAGACGGUCCAGAGUGCGCGCCCGUCGCAGCCACCCCCUGUGUCCCCGAGAAAGAGCGAGAAAAAGAGAGGGGGAGAGAGAGACGGUUGGUGGAGGGUAGCACAGAAGAAGGUCGGCGAGGAGCGGACGCAGGUUUCCUUGGUCCGAGUGGAGAGCGAGAAUGGCGAGAGGUCUCGUUAGAGGACGAGUCUGCGCAGCCGAUGGUUUCGUUUGCACCAGGCCAGAACCGAAUGCGUCAUCUCCGGUACCAGCGUUCCUCUUCUUGGGAACCGAGCACAGCUGCUGCGUUUGGGUCUCAACCACCCACGGGGACCGGCGCGAACCGCGCGCCGCUGCGGGCGGGCCUCGCCCGCGCGGGUCUCCAAGGCCCCUCGCCGCCGGCCCAGAACGGCGCGGCGAACUCGCGAAGUGGGGGCCCGGCUCACUGGGGGGCGGUCCCGAACGCAUGCAGUUCCUUCGCGACGGGGUCGUCUCCGGCGUCUGCUGCGGGAGCAGUCGCAGUCCCUGACCUCGCUGCGUCGGUCGCACUGCAGCACCAGAUGGUCCGACUGGCUGAAGAGCUGCUGUACUCGCCGGAGGAGAGUUUCCACUCGGGUCCCGUGCAGCGAGGCGCGCAUCCGUCGUCGAGUGCGUACCCUCCCGCCUCCUUCACCUUCCAUGAACAGCAGCAGUCGCUGUUCCACCUGGACAAAACGCGCGUUCCCGUCCUCGCAAGUUCGGGUUCCAACGCCGACAGCCUCGGGCCUUGGGAGGCCCUCUCGCCCAACGGGCCCGCGCGCUUCGGCGGGACUGUGACCCCUGGAAGUCUGCUCGGUGGGCCAGGGUACCCCACGCGCGGCUCCGAGGGAACCUUCGACUUCGACGCCCCCCGCAGAGACUCCACCGGCUUCUGGGCCUUCACUGGCGUGUGGGCAGACCAAGACGCCGCAGCGGCAGAGUUCAAGAAAAUCGCCGCAGCACGAGGCGGGAAUGGUUUGAUGACCCUCCACGCAUUUCGUCUCUUGGUGACGAUCUUUGUCAUUUUGGAUGUCCUGAAGUUCGGGGCUUCGACCUACUUCCCUCCGUCGAACUACACCGCCUUCUUGGUGUUCUUGUUCCUCAAUUUGGGCGUGUGGCUGUUCUUUCUGGCGGAGGCCGCGCUGAAGAUUCGACUUCUCGGUUUUCGGAGAUACAUGAAUUCGCUCUUCACGUUCUUCGACGGAUUCCUCCUGCUGAUCCAGUCGGCGGCUCUUGCAGUCCGAUUCGCGAUCGUCCUCGAUCCAGACGGAGUUGGAAAACCUGUUUUCGACCCCGGUUCGGUCGAGCGAGACGACUCAAUCGUCAACGAGUUCAUGCAAAGCCGCAUCCACGUCGCCCUCCUGACUCUGGACACGAUUCAACUUUGCCGCGUCUACCGCCUCACCUUCUCGUGCCGGGAGCUUUUUCUUCUCACAAAAAGCAUUCUGCACAGUCUGCGGUCUCUGCAGUGGACGGCGUUGUUCGUCUUUUGCGUGAUUUACACUUGCGCUAUCUUCUGCACAUGGACAUUCUAUGAUGCAGACGACGCUGAGAUGAGUCUCCUCUGGGGCAACUUGAUUCUGUCGAUGUUCACACUCUUCACAGUUCUCACCCUGGAAGGAUGGAAUGGAGUAGCCAAUUCAACCGCAGAGAAGCAUCCUUUCAGUCGCAUCUUCUUCGUCUGUUUUAUUUGCUUUACUACGCUGACUCUCUUGAACAUCGUUACUGGAAUCAUUUUGGAUGCGUACGUGGACAUGUCGAGUCGCCUCGCGGCGGAGGCGAGUUACCACGAGCACUUGGAGAAGGACGCGCGCAACGAGGAUUUGUUGACGAAGGCGUUUCAGCAGACUGAGUUUCUGUUUUCGUUGCCUGCGAGUGCGGCUGCGACUUCCGGCUUCCGGAACUGGACGAGUCUCUCCCGCAGCUCAGGCGAGGGGAACAAGUUGUCUCUGGACUCCGGAGGGCCGAAGAAAGUGCCGGAGGCGGGGAGUUCUGACCGCGAGAAGGGUGAGGAACGGCGAAGCCAGGCGUUUGCGCGAGCGAGCACAGGGACCUUCUUCAGUCCUGCGCAUGCAGAGCCGGACCGCGAGGCCUCAGCAGCCUCUGCCUUCUUCGUAGAGGGAGACCGGACUUUCCAGACGGUCGGUCAGUGUGGGUCGUCUGCAGGCAGAGGCGCGAAGCUCGAGAGGAAAACCACGGGUCUCACUAGCGAGUGUUCCACGACCGCCCGGCCGCCCACAGAGGGCAACGACGGCAGCAACGCGGGAAGCGGCGAAGGUGCAGAAAAGGGAGAAAAGACAGACAAGUGCGAUAGAGACGAGAAAGGCGAGAGGGGAGAAGAUCGCGGGUGUGCGCCGAGGAAGGCUCAGGAGACUUGUGGGGUGGAAAAGGGAGGAGGUGACGGAGACGGACAAGGACCAGGGUCGUUGGAGGAGACAGAGGACGAGGAGAGACGACGAGAACGCCGAAGCACCCUCGACGGCGACAGCAGCGGAGACGCUCACGAAGACUCGCAGGCCUGGAACGAAAAGGACCGGAAGCCGAAGCAGUCCGGCGCCGCGAGGUUCCUCAGAAGGGUCCAGGCCAGUGGCAUCUUCCACCUGGGACGCAAAGUCCCACACGUCGAAGAAGAGAAAAAGGACGAACGAAAAGUCGUCGCCUGCCUCAACCUCGCCAACCUGCAUCCCCUCGACAUCCUGCAACACCCUGCAAUCCUCGACGCCCUCGAGAAAGCAGGCAUUCCGCUCUUCCAGGCGUUCGAUGUUCUCAAUCUCUACUACACUCGCGGGGUCGAGUUCAUCACUGUGAAGGAGUUUGCGGAGUCCUGUGGACGAGUGUGCGGGACAUCGACGGGUCGGCAACUGCUGCAGAUGCAAAUUGAUCUCCACCAGAAACUGAAUCGCGUAGAGAAGCGGGUGCGGAGACUCACCAGGGCUCUCGUUCAGCAGCAACAGCUCGUCCUUCUGCAGCAGCAGCAGCUCCUCAGUGCAAGUACACCCGUCACCCGGUCUCGUUCGAUAUGGGGGUGGAGCGAUAAGGAGAGGAAAACAGACUUUGUCGACAUCUCAAGGAGGGCUAGGUUUCGGAAAAAUAGAGCCAUUCGUCCCACCGCGGCUCACGGGUUCGGAGCGGCGAUUGAGGAAACGACGCUUCCCGAGCACUUCUUGCCCAAGGUGGGCAAGAUCCCAAAUGUUGAUACAAAGCUUGGAGGCAGCGACACCGUGGCGACUUUGGUGACUACUGACACGCACCGGGUUCUGUGGUGUGCUCAGAAACGGGACUUUUCGAAGUUUAAGCGGGGUUCGUUUUACUGGGGUUCUCUUUUUUCGUGAGACUUCUUGUGCCCGAAAGGGUGGGAUCACGAGGCCCUGGCUUCUCCUCGUUGACUGUCUGGCAUUCGUGGCGUGCAGUGGCAUUCGUACAAGCCCCCAAAGUCGUCGUGGGAGGAAUUCUGGGAAUUCUUCGCUCUCGUGCAGGAUUCCUCUCGCCUGUGAUCAAAGAGAGUACUUUGAACAGCUGUUUCUCUUUGUUCUACCGGGCUACAGUUGUCUAGACUCGCCAAAUUUGUCCACGUUUCCCCCCAUGUUGUUGCCUGGAAUCGAUGGUGUAAAAGCCGCUUGUGUUGUGGGCUAUCGGGGUCUCUAUCCAUUUUUCGUGCUAUCCGCAAAUGAAAGCUUCGUAUUCGAUGCUAGAAUGUGUCGACAUUUUUUCGAAGUUUCAUAGUUUCUCGAGGUUCAGUGUGUCAUGAAUGCCCUCAAAUGUUAAAACGUGUCUCCGCCUUCCUUCUAAAGUGUGAGUUACCGUACUUUCUAUGAGUUCUUGCCCUUCGGUACUAGGGCAGGAGUUACAAGACGAGCUGCAGUGAAAAUCGGGAUAUCAUUAGAUCCAAAAUGAAAAAAUGGUUGCGAGUUCUGAUACUUAUCGCUGCUAUCAUGCAGUAUGCGCCAUAACAGGGGGAGGCGAUGAAAGUAAAGGUAACAGAAAUGUAAACGCAGCUCCUUCGAGGUAACCAACUCGAAUACCCAGGAACCAGACGGGUCCUCGGGACGCAGCUGCGAACGUGAAAAAUUCGAUAAGUUGUAGGUCAUGUCCUUGAGGCGGGAGCUCGAGUGAACAGUCGAGUCAUUGCUAUUCGAAAGUUUAAGCAGUUCCCAUAGUUCAUUACGAGAAUUUGUAAGAUAGCGUCGAGAUGCAAGUGCGGAGACUUUUGUAACCAGUCAACACCGAUUCGCCGCGAUGCCAGGCAGAGUCGCUGGAAGUCAUGGGCAUCAGGGCACUGAUCUCUGUAUGAGUAUGCUAGAUGACAACCCUGCAACAAUUGAGUGAAGUGUUGCAGGUGGUCUGCGCACUCUGCGGAAAUUACUUAUUUCGUCUUCGUAGUUUGACGAAGUUCAUGGCAAUGGCAAAAAGGUGCGGUGUCAGUGGCUGCGAGAAGGUGAGAAACGGGAAGCGCCCUGGUGCCAUUUUCUCUUGAUGUGUGUUUUCAGUGUUUCGUUCGAUUUUCCAUUCGAGCGCGCGAAUUGAAAAUACACCAUUAACACAUGGCGUAUGCAUCCAAUGCGGUUUAACAUGCUGCUGCGUUGUGGCUCUAAGCUCAGCAUUAUGCACUCUGAAAGUUGAAGAGUUGAGCAAGGCAGAUUUAAAAGCAGUUAGUCGUCGGUUGAAUGGGUUCGCCGUGUCCCGCCACUUCCCGGAAAAAGCACGGCCUUGGACUGUUGCAUGAACAAGACGAGACACAACCUGGAAAC